AUGAAGUCGACGGCAGACAUGCACCCCUUCUACCGCGUCUUCUUCCUCAAACUCGAUCCCCUCAUCAUGAUAUGCAGCGCCUACCGCAACAUCUUCACAGCCACCUCCGCCGUCGACAUGUACUACGACGCGCUGGAGGAGGAGCAUGAGGCCAUGUACAUCAACAACAACGACAACUACUACUACAACAACUAUAACAACAACAUCUACCACGACCCUUACACCUCCCGGCAGCAGAUAUUCGCCCUCAUCACCGCACUAGCAACCAUGGCGGCCCUGCUGCAGCACUACUCGGACGACUACAACCUCUGGCGCAUCGUCCAGUUGGUGCUGCUGGUCUGGAACUUUACCUUUUUCAACCAGACGACCUGUUGGGUGCUGUCGUGGUGGUGGAGGGCGGGUGAUGAUGAUGAUGGCAAGAUGAAGGGGUGGUGGCGGCCGGUGAGGGUUGAGGAUCUUUAUUGCAUGGAGGUGCUUACGCUGGUGAUUCUGAAAGCAGUCACUGGUAUAACAACAACCGAGAUGUUUAAGCUGUAA